AUGUGUUCAAACUUUAACAAUUUGACAACAGAUGAAUUAACAAGCGAUACAAGCCUAAUUUCUACAGAGGAUGAAUUUUUUUGUGUAAAUCGACCUAAAAUGAAGGAAAUUGGCACAAUGACUAGCGAAACGAAUAUUCCCAAAGUGGAACAAAAUUCAGGUUUAUUAGAUGUCCUCAUCAUCAUCCUAAACUUUAUUGCCGACUUUUUCAAGUUGCUGGUUAACAAAGCAAAGAAUAUCAAAUUGUCUAAAGUUGUUGAAAAUUUGGCAAUAUUUUUAGCAUUAUUAAUGUUUCUUCUAUUCUUCAUACAAGCUGCAAGUAUAUUUUGGUAUAUAUUUUCCGGCAUUGUUUUUGAGGGAUUUCUUUUUGAAAUUAUACCUUGUGGGAGAUUGUGGUCUGUUACUGCAAUUUUUGUUUUAACUGGUUUUAUUCUUGUUCUUUUCUUUCUCGUUACUAUUUUGCACGAAUUUUUAAAGCACAUCGACUGGAUUGAAAGAAGCUCUAGACCUCCUAUUUUUACUUAA